UGCAGGCCACCACUGUCACAGCUGCAUUCUCCCAGCCUCCCUGCAUCUGGACUCCAGGAAUUAGAGAUUGCAGACCAGAGUGUGAUUUUACAAUGGCUUGAAUCGUUUCUGCUGCAGUUGAGUAGCAAUUUCAGGAUAUCAGAAAGCCUUUGGGAUUCUAGUGGAUGUACCUAAACUGGUGCACACCAUAGCUUGCAUGGAUGUAGUUCCUUUAUUGCUCUGUUGGAAUGUCUGUAAGCAAUGAUUAGCUGCAAAGAGGAGGAUUCUCUGAAGUUUUUGCAUUAUGUUGAAGACUGUGGACUAAAAGCAUAUAGCAAAUUGGUCACGCAGAACCUCGACCUGUGGAAUGAGAAAAACAGGAUUAACUUUCAGGAGAAAAACUACAAGAAGCGAAAGCAGGAAGGAGCCAUUAAAAGGACGGGGGAGGAGGUGGUCACUGAGGGUAAGCACUUGCGAAUGUGCUGCAUGAGCAUGCCGGCCCCUUCGGAACACAUGUCCUCUCACACGGGUUUCGCAGUUCGCUCCCAGUCCCUGCACUCUGUGGGAGGAGGGGAAGAGGAGGGCAGCCCCACAUCCCGAAAGCUGCCCCCACCCAAACCACGGCGGGACCCCAACACCAAACUCAGCAUCUCCUCUGAAGCUGUGGACCUCAGUCCGACCGGAUGUAAAGAUGAGCAUUCAGACAGAUGUGAUGGAACACAAGGCUGCAGUGAGGACUGCAGGAAAGUUCCCCCACCAAAGCCCAAGAGGAAUCCCAACACGCAACUGAGCACUUCAUUUGACGAGUCUUACAUAAGCAAUCAUGGUUCGAAAUGUUUGCCCAAUAUGCCAUACUCAAGAGAUGGCCAGGCUCCAUCUCCUCCCCAGCCACAAGGUCCACAGCAGGACUCAGACUUAGAUGAACCUGUCUACAUUGAGAUGUCUGGGAAUGUAUGCAGAGAACCAACCCCUCUUGUUGAGGAUGAUGAGCCUGGUGAGGCCGUCUACGAAGAGAUGAAAUACCCUGCACUUGAUGAGUAUGAUUCACGUUGGGAUCUUACAAGCUGUCGCUUACAAUGUGUCACACCCUGCCCACCUGAGGUUGAUAUCCAUACACCUCUAAGCCGUUGCACCACUCCUCGUGGCACGGCUCUUUGUGAAAUCCCCGCUCCUUUCCCCAACCUGUUGUCCCACAGGCCACCUUUACUAGUUUUUCCUCCAGCUCCGGCUCAGUGCACGCCCAACACGGACGAGUCCCCACUCACCCCUCUAGACAUGACAAAGCUGCCCAUGUUGGAAAAUUCCCCUUACUGCAAGUCACCAGCCUCAUCCUCUAUGGAGACUUCUUGCUCUUCUUCUAACUCGCACCUUAGGCGCUCUGAGAGGGAGCUAAUGGCCACUCCUACAAUAACAGUGUCGGGGCGAUCCUCAGCACCCCCACUACCCUGUGCUCUUUAUAAAAGCUCAUCCUCUUCACAUAGCUAUCAACGCAGCCACUCAGCCUGCCCCUCACCUGUCAGCAUGGGCCGCUGCCUGACGCCUCUCAGCCUUAUGCGUUCACAACCUUUUGAUGGGCCGUUUCCUGGAGCUGGCCUUCCUCGCAGCGCCUCUGCCACACCUCAUAGCAAGUUUUCACCACCUCAGGAUGUGUUCCCAGGGGGACGUCAUCAUGGCUCCAUGCAGAACGUGUCAGUGGCACGCUCACGGACACCAACUAGCCCACUGGAUGAGCUCACCAACCUAUUCAACACUGGCAGAAACAUGCUGAAAAAGAAUACCAGUGGCAGGAAGAGCAAGGAGCAAGGAGAGAGUGAAACCAAGGGAAGGGGCCACAGCUCUGAGUCCAAGCGGGAGCACAAGGAGAGGAGCCAUCACAGCAAAGAAUCCAAGCGAGAUAAAGACCGCAGCAGCAACAGAAAGUCUUCGCAUCGGCGAGACAGCAAGGACAAAGAGCAGAAUGGCAUCGAAGCCUUAUCUCGACAUGACAGCAAGGACUGCGGCUGUGGUAACAUUGACCCAUUAGCCAGAAGGGACAGCAAAGAUAAAGGGUGUAAUGGUCCAGAGCUGCCUCCCCGACAAGAGAGCAAAGAUCGAGGCAGCAGCACUGAGGCAAUGACUAAACGGGAUAGCAAAGACAGGGGCUGCAACACUGCAGAACCUUUGCCCAGACGGGACAGUAAGGACAGGGGCAGUAAUACUCUGGAUCUCUUGCCAAGACAAGACAGCAAAGAACUGUUAAGAAAUGGUCUAGAGACCAGACAUGACAGCAGGGAGAAAAUUUGCUAUGGAAUGGAACUGCCUCCCAGACAUGAAAGCAAGGACCUGGGUAGAACUGGGCAGGAAUAUCGACGGGAUAGUAAAGAUGGUGGAAAACAUGGCAUGGAAUCUGCACAGGAUAAGGAGAAGAUUAACCAUAGUGCAGAUAGCCGAAGGGGGAGCAAGGAAAGGAUCAGCAAUGGCAAUGAUGUAGUGAGCAGACGGAACUGCAAAGAUAGGGGAGUGCACACAAAUGAGGCUUUACCCUGGUAUGAGGGGAAAGAUCGAAGCAACUGUAGCACAAAAUCUCCUAAAGCACAUGACAGGGACACAUGGUCUGGAUCUUCAACCAUGGCACCAUCCAACCGGUCUGGACGAUCCUCCAUGAGUCCAAAUAUAAUGUUAGGGAACUCCAACUCUGACCUGAAGACAGCUCCAAAUGCAGGUCGGUCUUCCUCCACACUAGUUGCUUCAUCUCCAGUUGGCACACCUCGAAGACAGCCUCCUGAUAGCCAACAGAUGCCCCCUAUGCCAUGGCUAUAUGGUGACAGCACCAUGCUGGAGAUGAUUGAGAGGAAACAGCGUCUCUGUUGGGAGAUAAGGUCUUGUCAGCGACUUCCUGACCGUAGCCCAUGCAAGAAAGAAAGCCUGCCAAACAUGCCCAGCUGGAAGAAAACCAAUGUGGCAAAAAAGUACGGGCCACCCCCCUACCCCACUCAGACCACUGUCUUCUGGGACACGGCCAUUUGACUUUUAGUUCUUAUGAGAACCUUAGGAUCCUUCUUCACCCUUGAUUAUCAUGCAGGGAUGAAGCAUCCACACAUGCAGAUUGUGCUCCUACCAGAGGAUGGAUUGGUGGGUGAGGUUACCAUAGCAAUAUUUAGGAGGGUGCAGUUUAAGAGGUUUUUGUAUCAAUGUCUGUAUCUAAUAUUUUUAUAUUCAAUAUGAUUCCUAAAUGACCUUGCAUUAAUAGAUAUUUUUAAAUUAAAUGGAAUAUCUGCAAAGUUUAUGUAGAGUUAGCCCAAUGCAAUUUUAGUUUUUCUAACUUUAUUUAAAAGAAAAUAAUAAUAAUCGCAAUACACAAUCAGGACCUUUGCAUCAAUAGCUUUUAAUUGCCUUUCUAUUUCAAGAACUCUGGAAAUGAUGUUUCUGUGGUAUUUUGCCGCACUACAUGAAGUCUGUUUUAACACUGGAUGUUAUGGUGACUGGAUUAGGGCUAGCUCACUUCUUGCUGCCUUUCAACACUUUAGUAGAUAAUUUAUUUGAAUGUGUAAUUAGUAAUUAACAAAACAGAUAUUUCUUUUUUAUAGUCUUAGACGGACUUAAUCUAUAAUUUAUGAUCAAAUAUUUUUUUGUUUUGCCUUUAGCUUCUGUAGACAUUUAAGUAGAUGGUUUCUGAGAGUAUGACAGGUUUAAGGACAGGGCAUUGCACAGAGUACAAAAUGAAUCCUUUAAGAAGGGGUGUUUUUAACUGGAUCUUGUUUGAUCUGUGUGUGUGUGUGUGUGUGUGUGUGUGUGUGUGUGUGUGUGUGUGUGUGUGUGUGUGUGUGUGUGUGUGUGGCAUGUACAGUAGAGCUGUAAAACUGGGGCUACUACCUCCUCUUUAGGUCUGUGGCAAUAGCUGGCAGGUGCCAGACAGUGAGAAUCCUCCAAAGUGCACAACAAGGAUG